AAGAGCUAAAAUUUCUUUGUCCUGAUUGGUCAAAUUACGCCUUCCAAGUGAUGAAUCGGAAUCAAUCGGGAACGCUCGAUAAGAUUUCGAAACGGCCGUUGAGUACAAUUUUUCUCGAAGAGAACCUUUCAGAACGUAACCUAAAAGUGUGUACGUGUUGAGGAAACAUAACGUGAGAGAUGCAUAUUACGAUCGACGAUGAGGAAAUCAUGCUGCUGCAUUUCGUCGUGUGUGAAUUUUACGGCGAGGAGACGUGCUUCUGUUGGAACGAGAAUAAGCUCGUCGUCUUUCCGUACACAAGGGGCAAUUCGGUGGCACGGGAUGUGCGAGUUCUGUCGAUGCCAAAUCCCCUCAGGAAGAUCCAGAUCUUCGACGGUAGAGCCUUCUUCAUAUGCGCGCCGCAGGGGGCUUACAAAUUGUCGCGUGCCGGCGAGCUCGUCCUCCUGAGUAAAAACGCCCUGGACAUGGGCAGCGAGUUCUAUCAGGUGCUGACUGCCACGAGCAACGGUGUGUAUCUCGACGACAAGCAGGUUACAUCGUCCACAUUGCUGUUUUCUGUUACGUCGAAUGCCGGAAAGGAGAUACGCGCCUUUUCUCUAAUCUUGGAGGAUACCGAGACACGGUUUGUAAACUGUUUCACUGCCGGUUCGAAAAGGAAAGGGAACUUAUGCGUAAUCGCAUAUGACAGAAAGUUGUUUGUGUUAAAGGGAGACAAUACCGUGCAAUUAAUUUAUACCAGCGAUCGUGCCAUCGUGGAUAUCGUGCCUGUAAAGAGACAAGACAAGGUAGCAGGUCUCCUGCUUCUCAUAGAUAUGGACAUGGUAAUCUUGGUACAUAGUAGAGAUUAUGAUCUAGUCUUUGAGAAGAUACAUUUGGGAAAGAAAAUGAGAAAUAUUUCUGCGUUCUGUGCCUACUUCAGUAUGGAAAUGGAAAAUGUUUUGUGGAUAAUGUAUUGUGAUCAAUCCAAGAUGUAUUAUAUGAGAAAGGAACUCUUUGCUGACACAAUUCAAGAGAAAAGAGUGGAGGAGAGGACGUUUAGGUGUAUACAGUAUUACAAAUCAAAUAUAAUUUUAGGUUUGUCACAAGAACAGGAAUUAAUCGAGUUUUCUCUUGAAGAAGUGGAGAAUUCUUUAUCGCUCAAUAAUGAUGUCAAUCUUCAUAUCGAUAUGUUUCAGAGAACAGAUCUUAUUAUGGAGAAAAUUUAUGCGAAAGUAAAGGAACUGAAUAUUCUCUACGAGAGCAUGAUGGAUGAACGAGACAACUUGAGAAGAAUAAAUCUAUAUGUUUCCAAACAGAAACUUAAAGUAACUCCUCACAUUGAAGUAUCCAGACUGUGCAAUUAUAAUUACCUUGAAUUAAAUAUCCCAAGCAAACUGCCUAGAAACAGUCAUAUGAUAUUUGCUAUUAAUUCUAAAAACCAAAGCAUAUUUUGCAUGAAGAAAAUUACAGAAACUGCAUUGAUUUUAAAAAUGCCUAUUAAUGAAAAUAGAAUACUAUGUUCUUCAAAUAUUAACAUGGAUUUGAUUACAUGGAUGAAUAAACAACAACCGUGGUGUCUUAUACAAAAUUUUAUAUAUUCUCCGCUACAAGAUCUCAAGAGGAAAAGAGGAGCAAAGAAAGAUAAAACAGCCUUCAUAGAUGCAAAAAUUGCAUCAUUGCAAAAAUUAAUAGCGGAAAAAGAUUUGAGCAUGACAAAAUUAAGCGAAAUAAAAAGAAUUAUACGAGCAGAAUUAUAA